UUCUCGUCACAACAUCAAUAUGGUUGCUCUUACCUUAAACCGAGGCUUUGUCCUCCUUGGUCUAGUCGUCGCUAUUUUUGGGAAUGUUGUCGAAGGUCUGGACUGUUAUAAGUGCAAAACGAACGACCCUAAUGACCGCUGUUUGAGAAAGCCGGACAGCACCUCUCGGGUGACCACGUGUGUGGGAGGGGUCAAUAAGUGUGUUGUGAGGUUAACAUAUAACACAGUGAACAACAGGAUGAGUGAAUUUGAACGUGACUGCGAAUUUAACGCGCCCAUCGUCGGCGAUGAAACAGAAUGUCGCACAAAUGGGCAGACCCGCGUGUGUCAGGUGGUCUGCUCUGAGGACAGAUGUAAUGACAUCGACAAAAAUGACGUGGAACAAUGCGUCACCGACAACUGCAGCAGCGCAUCUAUCCUCAUAGUGUCCCCUCUUCUUUUGAUAGCAUCUGCCGCCAUAAAAAUGCUCUUUUAAACCUGCACUAUAAAUUAUUAUGGACUGACUGUAAGCAAUCAAAAUUUGCUCAAGCCCGUUGCUUUAACAGAAACAAAAAUGACGUUGAAGUAGCGUGAAAUUUUGAUCAGCAGUUAUGUUAUUUUAUUCGAAUUCUAUCUGUACAUCUAUGCAUACAUUUUCUUUCAUGUAUAUCAUUCUUGAAUUUUGAAGCCUUUUUAAAUACUGUAACUUUGAAACACUUUUGUGCAAUCAUACAAUAGUCGAAAACAUAGUUUGAUAUAUGAAACACUUAU